GUUCUUUCUUUGUCUUCUUGCAUGCUUUUACAGCAUAGAUUGGCUCAUAGGUGCUGAAUACUGCAAUCGCCAGUACACCUUGUCUCAUACAUGCACAUUGCAAUUUGACGAUCCCCCCUUUGACAUGUGCGGGUAUGAUUUUCUAGUCAUGUCUGACUUCCUCCAUUACAGCCCAACAGCCUUCUGAACUUGGCCAAAUUUCUCGUCUUCACCGGCUUUGCAGGCGAAUGAGGGCUCUGUGAACUCCGCCCUCGGCCCGCUGAAGAUGCUUCGAACGUAAUUGUGUUUACUCUUUUCUGUUGAAAAAGCCUCAUUCGGAUUCUUUAUCAGCGACAUGCUGCUAUGAAAUGAUGCAGAUUCGAGUCAGCCUGCAGCUGCGUCAGGAUCAAAGCCGAUCUUUGGCCAAUGGAGGAGCGACGGAUAAACGAUACCACGGAUAUCGCUUCCCACAAAAGCGCACGAUAUCCCAAUUCAGGUAAGCUGGAUAAUAUGACAUCGUAUUAGGGGGAUCUGGCCGGGACGGCCAUUGAUCGGAGAAUCAUCGGCCAGCCUAUCAACAUGGCUGGAUCGAUACCAUCUGCCCUCAGACUCAACAUGUAUUAUAUAACAGAGCCAUUUGCCUCUUCCCUAUGGAUGGCACUUGGUUCAUCUCAACAGUGAACACCAUAACCUCGAGUUAUACAGCUUUACACCGACUUCACAACUGCGUGCCAAACAACCAGAAAUGUCCGAAACAAAUCCCCCCGAGCCACAGGAUGGACGUGAGUUCGACCUAGCUAGGCAUCCUACUGCACCUUUACGCCUGCUGCGGACCGAGACUCAUCAAACCCUUCGUGACUUGGGCGUGUCGGAAUCUGAACCUCGUCGAGAUAUCAACUACCCUGAGAUAGGUAGUCCUCCAGAUCCUAUCUUCCCUGAAGAAUAUACUCUCGAAACAGCCACUGGUCUCGUGCCAGAACGUACCUUGGAAGAACUACGUUCCAGGACCUCGACAAUACCAUCGAGACGAACGACUCGACGUCGCACUCCUUCUGAGGAAGAUCUCGAAAAGAAAGGAACCGAAGAACCUACCGAAUUCGUCACUUUCAAGAUCGGCGACCCUGGUAAUCCUCACAAUUGGCCAAAAUUGUUUCGAUGGUAUAUAACAAUAAUGGUGUCCAUGCUUGUUGUUUGCAUUGCCUUUGGCUCUUCCAUUGUGACAGGUGGUUUGGGCUUGAUUGAAGACAAAUACCAUGUCUCGCAAGAAGUUGCUAUCUUGACCUGCUCCAUCAUGGUCUGUGGCUUUGCUGUUGGUCCACUUCUCUGGAGUCCACUGAGCGAGAUAAUCGGAAGACAACCUGUUUACAUCAUCUCUCUGGCAUUGUAUACCAUCUUCAACAUCCCUUGCGCUUUAUCACCAAACAUUGGCGGACUCCUUGUCUCGCGGUUUCUUUGCGGUGUAUUUUCCAGCUCAGGCUUGUCUCUGGCCGGUGGCACCAUCGCCGAUAUCUGGAAUAUUGAAGAUCGUGGACUGGCAAUUGCGUACUUUGCAGCCGCACCGUAUUGUGGCCCUGUUCUAGGACCUAUCGUCACUGGCUGGAUCAAUGUUGGGUCUCAUCGACUCGAUCUCUUCUUCUGGGUAAACAUGGCUUACUGUGGUGUCAUGCUCAUUAUCGUGGGCCUUAUCCCCGAGACGUAUGCUCCCGUAAUUCUCAAACGACGAGCGAAGAAAUUGAGAAAGGAGACGGGGGACCCGAACAUCAUUACAGAACAGAAGAAAGUCAAACUUACUCUGCGCGACAUUGUCCGAACCAGUUUGGUCAGACCUAUCACGAUGAUCCUCACCGAGCCUGUCUUGGAUUUGAUGUGCAUGUAUAUCGUGCUGAUCUAUGCCAUGCUUUACGCCUUCUUUUUCGCCUAUCCGGUCAUUUUCGGCGAGCUUUACAAUUUCAACGACGGACAAAUUGGGUUGAUGUUCAUUCCAAUUCUGAUAGGGGCAGCAUUCGCCCUCGUUGCCACCCCUCAGAUUGAACACCACUUCAAAAGAAUAUGUGCGCGCCGCGAUCCCACGCCAGAGGAUCGACUGGUCGGGGCGAUGAUCGGAGCCAGCUUCAUCCCUAUAUCCCUCUUCAUCCUAGGGGCUACCUCUGACAAGGGUGUUAUUUGGGUGGGCCCUGCUUCCUCAGGUAUUGCGUUUGGAUUCGGAAUGGUCCUUUGCUAUUAUUCCGUCAAUAACUACAUCAUCGACUCUUACCAAAAGUAUGCCGCUUCUGCAUUGGCGGCCAAGGUCUUCCUGAGAAGUGGUGGUGGUGCAGCAUUUCCUCUGUUUACGGAGCAAAUGUAUCACCGACUGCACCUCCACUGGGCUUCCUGGCUUCUCGCUUUCAUUGGGAUAGGCAUGGUUUUGAUCCCUUUCAGUUUCUACUUUUUCGGAGCAAAGAUUCGAGCCAAGCUCAACAAAGCUUGAGCCAGACGAGGCCACUCUGCAUGAUUUGUCUGAGUGCAGCGAGUGUAUGCACAAUCUGCGACUUGGGAACAUGGAUGGGCGUUUGAGGUGUGGAAAUGACAAAGUACGGUUGAUAUCAAGGAUUUUCUCAAUCGUUCUAUGUCAAAUAGGAAGCUUCAUAGGGAUGGGAAGGUCCUUACUCCACGCUGGAAAUUAUCAUUAAUUCUACAUUAUACUGAACCUCCUACAUCAUUUCGAAACUGGUAUUCAAGCAUAAUCCAAAUAUCAACAAGGCUCAAAAGAGCCGAAUUUGUACUACCGAAAAGGCAUGUUUUAUUAUACAUAGACAAAAAGUUGUUUUUCAUGCAGUUCUAUGUGCACGGGCU